CCUCGGUUGCCAUGGGAGACGACCCGCGACCCGGGAGUGAGCGAAUCCGUUUCCCGCCGGCGGGAGUUGAGCAAAGGGCUCGGGGGCUGCACUACCAUGGCGGAACAGCUCUAUCUGGAAAACAUAGACGAGUUCGUCACGGACCAGAACAAGAUAGUAACUUACAAGUGGCUCAGUUAUACACUAGGAGUUCAUGUUAACCAGGCAAAACAGAUGCUCUAUGAAUAUGUCGAAAGGAAGCGGAAGGAAAACUCGGGCGCUCAGUUGCAUGUUACCUACCUGGUGUCUGGCAGCCUUAUACAGAACGGACAUUCUUGCCACAAGGUUGCAGUAGUGAGAGAAGAUAAAUUGGAAGCAGUGAAGUCCAAGCUAGCUGUGACUGCCAGCAUCCAUGUGUACAGCAUCCAGAAAGCUAUGCUAAAGGACAGUGGGCCUCUGUUCAAUACCGACUAUGACAUCCUUAAAAGCAAUUUGCAGAACUGCAGCAAGUUUAGUGCCAUCCAGUGUGCAGCUGCAGUCCCCAGAGCUCCUGCAGAAUCCUCAUCUUCCAGAAAGUUUGAGCAGUCCAACCUUCAGGCAACAAGUGAGACACAAGCCAGUGACCUGACCACCAAUGGCCAUGGUCCACCUGCCUCCAAACAGGCUUCCCAGCAGCCCAAAGGAAUUAUGGGAAUGCUGCUCUCUAAAGCUGGUACUAAAACCCAAGACACCAACAAGGAAGCGAAAACAGAGGCUAAAGAAGUAACCAGUGUAUCUUCAGCUGGGGGCAAAGCACCAGGAAAAGGGAAUGUGAUGAGCAACUUUUUUGGAAAAGCUGCUAUGAAUAAACUUAAAGUCAGUUUGGAUUCAGAACAAGGAGCGAAAGAAGGAAAAACAGUGGAGCAGCCUCCAGUGUCUGUCACUGAACCAAAGCUGGCAGCUCCCACAGCUCUGAAGAAACCCAGCAGGAAAGCCGAGCCUGCGAAGGUGCAGCAGAGGGGGAAGAAAUGGGGGAAGCGAGUAGACCUCUCUGAUGAGGAAGCAAAGGAAACCGGAAACCUGAAGAAAAAGAGGAGAAGAAUCAAGCUUCCUCAGUCUGAUAGCAGUGAAGAUGAAGUCUUCCCAGACUCUCCUGAGAUGUACGAAGCAGAGUCACCAUCUCCACCUCCUCCUGCAUCUCCACCUCCUGAUUCUGUGCCAAGACCUGAGCCCCCUCCUGCCAAGAGUUCAAGUGGAGAAAACAAAAGAAAACGGAAGCGUGUCCUGAAAUCUAAAACCUUUGUGGAUGAAGAGGGCUGCAUGGUGACUGAAAAAGUCUACGAGAGUGAGUCGUGCACAGACAGUGAAGGGGAGAGUAAGAUGAAGGUGGCCUCAGUACACAGACCCCCUGCCGCCCCUGCCGCCGCUGCCGCCGCCGUGAAAAAGGAGCCGAAAGAUGAGCGGAAGGGCCCCAAGAAAGGGACGGCUGCUCUGGGCAAAGCCAACAGACAAGUGUCCAUUACUGGCUUCUUCCAGAAGAAGUAAAUGCUGUCCCUGGUCAAGGGAGAAGCCCAGCAAGUAGAGACUGUCGCUUACUGUGUAAGUUCACCUAGCUCCUUGCCUCAAAGCCUGUCUCAAAGUGCUGCUCUGCCAUCACGGGACACGUGAACUAGUUCUGGUUUUUUCAGCCAAAAGGGAGUCACCUAGAAGCAGGAGGCAAACGAUUUUGAAAAGCUGUUACAUUGUAAUGAGUUUAUAAAGCACAAUCUUUGGCCUGCCUAGGAGAAUUCAUUUGAGAAUUACCUGCUGGGCCCCCCUCACCCUGUAUCGUCCAUGUUCCUCUUCUGGUCCUCUGUAUUCUGUGAACUUGUGUGACAGUGUUUUUAUUUUAUGAAUUCUACUGGAUUGUUCACCACUUCUCCCUUUCCUCUCUGUACUGCCACACUUCUGUCCCCUGACCCCACAAAUCUGUUUUCUGUAAAUCUUUUAAAUCUUAGUCAGACAAAAAGCUAAAGCUAAAAUUCUCUGUAAUCCCCUAUCUCCGUCAUAUAGUAAGUGACACUCAGCUCCAGGCCAGGCUAGUGUGUAGUGUCCAUUCCUUCCACAGAAGCUCUCCAGAACUUGGCUCACACUCAGUGGUUAGGACAGAGCACAAAUAAAAAUGUACUGAUGUACCCAACCUCACCAGAAAUGACCAAGAGUCAGCAUGGCAGGCACUGGCAGAGCUGCCGUGUUGCCAACAGAGGGCAUCCAGUCUACUCUCAUGUUCAUGGUUUCUUUCUCUCAAACGUUCCAUUCUCGUACCUAGAGAAUGGAACCAAUGCAGUGAGAUAAAGUACAAAGAGAAAUGGCAGUUGCCUGUUCCUGGAAGGGAUGGAGAUCUUAAGGCACACAUUUCUACACAGAUGUUGCUCCUCUGUCUUUUCCAGGCCCUCCAUUUGCCCAGCAGUACAGGCUCCCCAGGAAGAGAUGGGGGGGGGCAGGGCUGACUGGUUAUAGAUCUAGACAGUAAUUAAAACAUUUGCUUUGUA